AUGGAGCAAUCACCAUCUCAGUCACCGCUCACCACACCUGAUUCAGCAUCGUCAGGGCCCAGUAGUCGACGAGAAAGGAUGUUGCACGAUUUUCCGCGUGCGCACGUGACCAACCUCGGCGGUGGUAUCAUCGGACCGGUCUACCUCACUCGCACGCAAGACGGCGAGGUCCUCUUUGCCGAGGCACAAUUGUUUCAGGCACCCUUCAAACACAUGGUCAUCGACUCGCCGACGCUCUUGGAUAUGUUCAAAGGCCCGACGCAGCGGAUUGAUCUCAACGUUUUGGAUCAUCCGUGGCCUCAGUUUCGCCUCGAGCCCCGGGAAGAUAUGAAGUUUGAUGUUGCGCGCUUGACGCGAGAAGAGUACGUGAGGUCGGGUGACAAGUUGGAGCACGCGGUGAAGGGUCACCCAUACGCCUCGGUCAUGGAGGUCACGCCAUCUGUUCAGGUCGCGAGGAAACGGUCACAACAACCCAGCGUGUCAACCGAAGUACAAGGUACCCGGCAGUCUGAACGCACUUCGGCAAGGAAGAAGAGGCCAUCGAGGGACCCGGACGAGUAUGGUUUGGCGCUACCAAUUACCUUCCCCGCAAGCCCUUCACCUGGUGCACUCGCCGGCUAUGCGGUCGCCACGACGCUCGAUGACGCCCAGGCAGAAAACGUCAGAGAUCAGAUGUCUGUUCUUAAGGAGAACAUGUUCGACUUGUUGUCCGCCGAUAAUCGCUCAACAUAUGAGUGGGUCCUCACGACAGGUCUAAAGAGGCAAGGCAAGGAAGGAGCAAAGUUCAGAGUGAUUGUUGCCGAUAGGUUGCGAGAGCUCAUGAGGUCGCAAGGUGACAGAGCGAAAGAGCUGCAGUCCUUGCACAACCAAUAUGCGGAGUUGCAGCGGAGUUUGGAGAAGAGAUGGCCGUAUCAUCUGCCACAUAUCGACAAGCUUACGGCUUGA